AGCUGCAUGAGAAUUAGUUGCUACCGUCUGAGCGCUCAACGAUAAACAUGAACAAAGCCCCAUUUAUAUACUGAGACGCCGUGGCUGGUUACCAGGGCAACAGGCUGCGCCUGCGCAGUGGUGUGGCUAGGACGCCAGUGUGCUUCCGGUUUUCGGCAGGGUGAUUUGGUGAAGGGAUAAAAGAGUCAGGCUCCUGUUACUGUGAAGAUCACGUACAAUACACAUCACUGCGUUUACCAGCAAAGCAGAAACAUUCUAAGAAUAUCUGACAAAUUCAGUUGCUGAACAAGACAAUGUCUGACAAGACCGAGAACCAAACCUCAGACCUUCCUGAUGCACAUGGAGACGCAGAUAACACUGAUAUAGGAAAAGCUCAGAUAACAGAAGAUCUGUGUGUGAGACGUCAGCUGGGACCAACAGAUGAGGAAACCAGUGACAGUAUCAGCUCAGACGCAGAUAACACUGAUAUAGAGAAAGUUGUGAUAACAGACGAUCUGUGUGUGAGGCGUCAGCUGGGACCAACAGAUGAGGAAAGCAGUGACAGUAUCAGCUCAGGUAACUUCACAAACUUCAAUGCUGAUGCUUCUUUCAGUAUUCUUCAAAAUCAAAGAAGCCACGUGGGAAAUGUAUGUUCUGAAUGUGGGAAAUGUUUUACUCUGAAAUCAUCUCUUACUAGGCAUCAGAAAAUUCAUACGGGAGAGAAAGCUUUUUCAUGUUCUGACUGUGAGAAAUGUUUUACUCUGAAAUCCCAUCUUCUUGUGCAUCAGAAAAUUCAUACAAGAGAGAGAGGAUUUUUAUGUUCAGAAUGUGGAAAAUGUUUUACUCCAAAAUCAUCUCUUAUUAGGCAUCAGAAAAUUCAUAAAUUGGAGAAAGAAUUUUUGUGUUCUGAAUGUGGGAAAUGUUUUACUCAGAAAUCGCAUCUUAUAAGGCAUCAGUUAAGUCAUACAGGGGAGAAAGAAUUUUCAUGUUCUGACUGUGGGAAAUGUUUUACUUUGAAAUCAACUCUUAAAAAUCAUAUGAAAACUCAUACAGGGGAGAAAGAUUUUUUUUGUUCUAAAUGUGGGAAAUGUUUUGCUCGGCAAUCAACUCUUAUGACUCAUCAGAAAGUUCACAUUAAAGAAAAUCGGAGCUUAAAGGGAUACUAAACCCAAUUUGUUUCUUUCAUGGUUCAGAUAGAGCAUGCAAUUUUAAGCAACUUUCUAAUUUACUCCUAAUUUUCUUCAUUCUCUUGAUAUGUUUAUUUGAAAAAACAGUAAUGUAAGCUUAAGAGACAGACCAUUUUUGGUUCAGAAAUGUAGCCACCAAUCAGCAAGUGCUACCCAGGUGCUGAAUCAAAAAUGGCCCUGCUCAUUACCUUACAUUUCUGAAGAGAACGAAGAAAAAUGUAUAAUAGGAGUAAAUUAGAAAGUUGCUUAAAAUUCCAUGCUCUGUCUAAAUCAUGAAAGAAAAAAAAUGGAUUUAGUAUCCCUUUAACCUCUGAAGCACAUAGUCCGACACAUAGUUGUCAUCCACACAAUGUCUAGAGUGCAGAUGAUGACUACAUUGUCCUUUGUGGGGCACACUUUUGGGGCGGUUUGAGGCCCCCUCUGCACCUCAAGCAGUUACGAAGUGGUCCAGUGUGUCUUAUCAUCCUUGGGGGAUCCAGGGUCCCUAUAUAGAUUUUAAAUAGCCAAGAGAUAAUUUGUAAAUAAAAUGUGCAUUUACUGAAGUAGAGAUUUAUGGGACUCCCCAUGUGCAGAUCAAAGCUAUAUAAAUAUACCCAAAGACCCUUAUGUAUAUGAUGAUAAACCUUUCUUUGAAAUUUAGUCACUGAUGAGGGCAUUAUAGUCAGCUGAUUACUGAGGUGACAGUGUUUCCCUAGCUAGAAUUUUAAUUGACAAGGUGUAUAAGUGUACAGGGUGAGCCCCUACAUUAACAUCAAAAGUGGAAGAGGCCUCCAAAAGGCCUUUUCUGGAUAAUGGUUGUGUAAAAUGCAUUGUGCUGAAAUCUAACAUAAAUAUGUUUUUACUUUUGAUUUUCAGUUGCAAAUUUCUAUAUAAAAACACUGAAUUAUUAUCUGUUUCUGCUUAUGUUAGAAAGAUUACCUAAUACAAUUGUAGAUCCACAAAGUUUUGACUAUAGAAAACUUGUACUGUAUUGUUUACAGUCAAAAUAAACAAAUAUCCAGCGAUCCAGUAAAUAAAAAAUAACUUUUAAUAAGUUCAGUUAAAAGGAAACAUAGACUGAUGGACAGCAACAGAGUGUCAUGUUUAAAGAAAAAGCCUACGCGUUUCAGCACGUAGCCGUAAUCAUGGCUUUUCUUUAAACAUGACACUUUGUUGGUGUCCAUUACUCCAUGUUUCCUUUUUACUGAACUUAUUAAAAGUUUUUUUUAUUUACUGGAUUUGUCUUUUAUACUAAAAGCGAAGGUAACCCUUAUUUGUUGCGCUGCUUAGGGGAUUAAGGGCGGAAUGCCUCUAGCUGCAAUUUGCUAGCAGUACGGAGUAUACUGAGCAGCAUGUCAUCUCUGUAAGAUUACCAAGUGCACAAGUUUUGGUUGUACCUGUGUGUGAAUUAUAUAUAUCUUUCUCCCAAUAGUCACCCACCUUUCUAUAUUGUUACGCCUUUGAUCCACUAAUUACCAUAGUAAGUACGUGAACGUUUUAUAGUUGAUCAUUGACCCAAGUGUGUGUGUUUUUGAAUACUACAAUUGAAGGUUUACCUAAAUAGGACAGGCCUGGUGUACAAUUUAAACUGAGAAUCUUUUUUCUCCUUGUUUCUGUAGUGUUUACAACCUUUUCUGUUAAAAUUGUAAUACAAAUAUGCAUAUUUUUCACACCUUUUUGUUUUAGAUUUCUCAUUGUAAAAUAAUGGUAUAGCUUGAAUCUGCUGGGUCCACUGAAAAAAUAUAUAGUUUGUUUUGGUUACUUGUGACAAAUGAUCUACAGUAGUGCUUAAAGGGACAGUCUAGGCCAAAAUAAACUCUCAUGAUUCAGAUAGAGCAUGUAAUUUUAAACAAUUUUCCAAUUUACUUUUAUCACCAAUUUUGCUUUGUUCUCUUGGUAAUCUUAGUUGAAAGCUUAACCUAGGAGGUUCAUAUGCUAAUUUCUUAGACCUUGAAGCCCAACUCUUUCAGAUUGCAUUUUAACAGUUUUUCACCACUAGAUGGUGUUAGUUCACGUAUUUCAUAUAGAUAACACUGUGCUCGUGCACGAGAAGUAAUCUGGGAGCAGGCACUGAUUGGCUAGACUGCAAGUCUGUCAAAAUAACUGAAAAAAGGGGCAGUUUGCAGAGGCUUAGAUUCAAGAUAAUCACAGAGGUUAAAAACAUAAUUUAUGCUUACUUGAUAAAUUUAUUUCUCUUGUAGUGUGUUCAGUCCACGGGUCAUCCAUUACUUAUGGGAUAUAUUCUCCUU